AAUUGCAGCGCUUUCUUUGUUCUUUAUUGUGUGAUACUAAUGCCGCAAAUAUCGAGAACAAAGCUCAGUGAACACUGAAUGUACUCGCGUCGCAUUUGUAUGCUUUACGUUGCGUUACAUUUUUCUAUCAUUUUUAUUCUUGUCAAAGAUGUCUGAACAAAUCGGAAAUAGAGUUUAUAAUUAUUUAAUUGGAUUUGAAAUUCAUAAUAUUAAUAAUAUUAAGUUACCUUCGUGUAGGGAUGUAUUGAAUCUCUUUAUGUACAAACGUCAAUCCUUAAAAUUAAGUAUACGAACAAGUGCUAGUAGUGUGAUCAGUGAUACGAAUGCUAUUUGGGCUAAUCUUUUGAUUCCAACUUCUCGACCUCAGCACAGUAUUAAAAACUAUGACUACAUGAAACUGAAGAAUCAUCGAAGUCGUGCAAAGACAUCGAAAAGACAACGAACAAAUGUGGAACAGUUUAGCAAACGUCUUGAUAAAUUAUUUGACAUUGCAAAUUGUGCUGCACUAAAAAAUUUACCGAAAAAUUUGCAGCAAUUUUUGACAGAUUGUCGUAAAGGAAAUAGAAAUAUCCAUCUACCAGCAAUUGACGUUAUACCAGAAGAAACUUCUGGAAAUCUGUAUGCGAUGGAAGUAGAAACUCCCAAUAAUGAGGAAAUUGAAUCAUCAUCCGAGAAAUGAUUACAAGGAGUUUUUGGAGCUGAGCUGUAUCUUUUUGGGUGGUAUCAAAAGUCAUAGAGCCGAAUUUAAAGCACCUAGUGCUUUUCAUCACGCACGGUGGUUAUCGAAAGCUCUCUAUUGCUUGAAAAUAUAUAUGUUUAGAAACCAGUUUAAAAUGGGAGCAAACGAAAAAAAAAUUUUGCAGAAAAUAUGUGUUUUCAUCGUAAUAUUUUAUGUAAAAAUAUGGUUUACUGCUCCUAAUGCAAUAAAUGCUCCAAACUCGGA